UUCAUGUUUCAACCGAUUAUUUGGCAUGCUUUAAACUUUGAUGUCGGGCCCCCAUGUUUACUUACUGAGAUAUUUCUAUCUCACGGUUUCCUUGUCCACCAUUUCAGGUAGUGAGACCCGACGCGUGGGAAGCCCGGGGGAGUGACGAGUUAGACGGCUAGGCACUUUUGGACUUAGGUUUUUGUAGCUAAGCCGUUAGUCACCCAUGCUUGAUAUAGAAAUUUUUGUGUACAGAAUUUAGUGUUAGUCAUGAUUGUAUAUAUGAAGUGAUAAAUUUUGUACGUUUGACUGGUAACUAUUUGGUAAAUUAAAAGGCUUAAAUCUAAAUUGCUAAGUAAGAACUCAAUAGGGUCUCGAGCCUUGUGCAUUUGUGGGCCCCGCUCACGAGUGCACGGCGUCUGCCACGACCUCGGAUUUGGGUUCUGAGGCGUGACAUGCUGAGUCCUCUAAAACUAUUACAAAGAUUUUAGGUAAUGGUCGUUUGUGUCUAACAUUUUCAAAAAAAUCUUAAGAUAAGGCAUGCGAAAAAGUACAUUUUAUUUACGAGCUAUAGUAUCUUUUCCAAACUUACCUAUAUUUUGUAAUAUAUUUUAUAAUUUCCC